GAUGUGGUAGCUGACGAUAUAAUUAUUACACUUAAUCUUAUAUCUAAUGUGAAUAAACGUUAGUGAAUCUUCUGACCUAGUUCCGAGCAAUGAUGAGGUUGCUGAUAUUUUUGGUCAUAGUUUGUUCUUCUUUUGGGCAAGAACAAGAAGCCGUACCAAGAUUAGAUGGUAGAAUCGUAGGUGGCGAAGAUGCAGAUAUUGCAAAUCACCCGCACCAAAUAUCACUCCUGCUAAUGAGUGUUCAUAUUUGUGGUGGUGCUAUUAUUUCUGACAGAUGGGUUCUUACAGCUGCACAUUGUGUCGUUCUGUAA